GUUGCGUCGUCGGCCCCCACCCCACCCCUACGGCUUAGACCGGUCUCCGCCCAGCCGGCUUCCGCCGGGAAUGAAGAGCGGUGGGGUUGGCGCUGGUCCCGCGGACCCUACACGUUCCCGCGGAGCGCCCCAGCCACUUCCAACAGAUCCCCCCGCCGUUCUGAGUCCGGCCGCGUGCGCUCCCAUUGUCUUUACGGCGGUGGGAGUUGGGAAGUGUGUGCGAGGCCUCUGCUGAUGCAGAGGCUGCCCUUGUUCCACCUUCGCACGGUGAGUCCCCCGCCCCAUGGAGCAACCCGCGGGGGCCGCGGCAACCGAAAAGGAUCUUGCGGCCAAAGACCGCUCCAAAGAUGCUAAGGUCUUGGCGCCAGGUGGGGAACUCCCGGCCAAAACAUCAUCCCCGCACAAAAGUGGACACGCGCUGUACGACUGGGACACCUUAGCCACUGUAGGCACUGGGACAUUUGGCCGAGUGAACCUGGUGAAGGAGAAAUCAAGCAGACGAUACUAUGCCUUGAAGAUCAUGAACAUCCCAGAUGUCAUCCGCCUGAAGCAAGAACAACAUGUUCAAAAUGAGAAAGCCGUCCUAAAGGAAAUCAACCAUCCUUUCCUCGUUAAACUGUUCUGGACCGGCCAUGACAACCGCUUUCUGUACAUGCUGAUGGAGUUCGUGCCUGGAGGUGAGCUGUUCACCUACCUGAGGAACCGUGGCCGCUUCUCCUCAGUUGCCGGAAUAUUCUAUGCCACAGAGAUCGUGUGCGCCAUCGAGUACUUACAUGCCAAGGAGAUUGUUUAUAGGGAUCUGAAGCCUGAAAACAUUCUUCUAGAUCGUGAAGGGCACAUCAAACUCACUGAUUUCGGCUUCUCCAAGAAACUUGUGGAUAGAACAUGGACCCUCUGUGGGACACCGGAAUACCUCGCCCCAGAAGUCAUACAGAGCAAAGGCCAUGGGAGGGCCGUGGACUGGUGGGCACUAGGCAUCCUUAUAUUCGAGAUGCUGUCUGGGUUUCCUCCAUUUUUUGAUGACAACCCGUUUGGAAUUUAUCAGAAAAUUCUCGCCUGUAAGAUAGAUUUCCCCAGACACUUGGAUUUCACGUCUAAGGACCUCAUCAAAAGGCUGCUGGUGGUAGACAGGACCCGGCGCCUCGGCAGCAUGAAGAAUGGGGUUGAAGACAUCAAGCGACACCGAUGGUUCCGGGGUGUGGACUGGGAGUCUGUGCCACAGAGGAAGCUAAAGCCACCCAUUGUGCCCAAGAUAACCGGUGAUGGCGACACCUCCAACUUUGAGACGUAUCCAGAAAGUGAGUGGGACAAGAUCCUUCCCGUAUCGGACAAAGAACUGGAAAUAUUCAAAAAUUUCUGAGGACAGGAACACACAUCUUCAAGGAGCAUGAGAAAUUCCAUACAGUGCCGAGGACAAGAACCAAUUCCGUUGCUUGUUUUCUGCCUUCUUGUUGAAAAACUAGAAGGAUUCAGUGUAUGUAUCCAACAUUCCUUCGAUCCUGGGGAUCAUUGUCCUCAGGACUUGGCCUCUUUCGACAACUCGAUACCUGCCUAGUGGGAAGUUCUUAAUACCUGUUAAACUGUAGGUUUUCCCCAUCUUUGUGAGUCUUGUGUUCAUGCUGCGGAUUUACGUUUUGUUGUGGUGGUUUCUCGACUUAAUUUUGUAAGUUUGAAUUUGACCCAUUUGGUUAUAGCUAUCACUGUGUAUGUGCACAGAAAUUGUGCACAACUGGACAUUUGGUACUUUGAUGUGCCUCUGACAUAGUUAUUUUCCAAAGCUUUCUGAAAAUCUGUCACUCUGCAGGUAAAAAGGGGUUCGAUAUAUGCAUUUUUGAAAUGCGUUUCUAUGCAUUUGGCAGGAAUCUGUGUAUGUUGUUUAUUUAGUCAGUUUGUUUAUUUUGUUCCUCUCUGGUCACUAUAAACUCGGAAGUCAGGAAACCACAUGCCCUGCAGACCCUCAUUCAAAUAUGGCACAAACAGGUGGCUUUCCCCAAUCUUCCAGUUUAGAUGUUUCCAGUAAAAUAUCCCUUCCUAAAGUUAAGCCAGAACUCUGCUUACUGCAUUAGCCACGUGGCAACCUGGGUGCAAAGACUGCCUUUUUAUGAUAGUACAAAUUUAUCCACAUUCCCCAAAGGGAACUUUAAGGAUCCACCCCUCAAUUCCCUCCUCUGUUGUAAAUGACAUUUUCUUCCUACCAAACUCAAUCCUGUUCUUCCAACCUUGUGCAUCUGUAAAAACUCAGGUUCCAGGCUGGGAACUUUUAUGAAAGUUUGUACAGAGCUGUAUUUUCAGUGAGCUUUCUCAGCCCUUUCAGUAUGCAAAAUAACUGGGUUAUGUACCAUGAACAAACAAACACACACAGGAAGUAGAAUUCAGGAUUAUAAUCAAGCCCUGUGAACAGACACGCUGACCCACAUAGGUGCUGUCAGCAUUUGAUAUUAAGUAGGAAAUAACGUAAAAUUAGCAUAGGAAAUAUUGCCUUAAUUCUAAACACAUAAAUCACCCAUUGUGUGCUUCUAAAGUACGUAGCAAUCUGACCCUGAUCAGAUUAAAUCAAAUUAAACACCUUUAAUUGGUCUGUAAAUUAUACCAUGUGAUGUCAUUGUAGUGACAUCAGGUAGUGCAUAGGAAUCGUAAUUUUUCAUUUUAAUAUUUUUAAUGUGUGUGCAUGUGGCUUCAGUACACAUGAGGGUCAGCAGAACACUCCAGAGACUCUGUAGCUGGACAUACAGGUGAUUGUGUGCUGCCCUGUGCAUGCUAGAAACCUCUGCAGCCCACAUAGUUAACAUGUAAAGGAAAUGAAAUUAGGAAGAGUGGUCGGGCCAAAACAACCAGGAAAAAGGUUGAUAGAUGAGGGAAAUAUGUCCUAUUCCCACCUAUGAGUCCAAGGAGGACUGUGCACCCAGCACCUUCUCAUAAAGCAAUGGGACAGUUAAUAAAUUACAAAUUCCUCAGGUGGUGGUUUGAUUUGACCAAAUACAAAAGAUAAAAUCAUCAGUAACCAAUACUAAUUUAAAAACAAAUCCUCAUGCUCUUCAACCAAGACUGACUUUAAAUUUUUUUUUUUUGUUUUUAGUGUUUAGUAGAGAUAAAGUACUAAGUGCUAUGGAAUGUUGCUUGUCUCACCUAACUAGCUGUUACAUGUUACACUGUAAAAUGUGAUUCAAUGGCUAAAUACUGUUCACAGGACCCUCAGGCUGUGCAAAUAUCUCAACAUUGGACCAAAAUCUAUAUCAGUCAAUCACCACUGUGCUGUUCGGUGAACCCUAGGCAAGAUUUAGCCUUGUGUGGGUCUCGAUGUUGGGGUAAAUAACCAGGGAAAGUAUCUAUCAUUCCUGGCUGUAGAUUUAGAGGUGUGUCAAUUUCCUGGGUUUUUUUUUCUGUGUGUGUGUGUGUGUGUGUGUGUGUGUGUGU